GUGCAGCCCUGAGAUACAAUACUACAUUUAAUUUUCUUGUCUUCCCAAGGACCUGUAUGACAUGGCUUCAAGCACGGCUGACCCAAGCAGCCUCGUCCACCACACCAACUCCUGCCUUCCCCACCACCCGCCCCGGGUGGCCAGUGUGAUGCUGUCUCUGUUCUACACGGCCCUCUUGAUCUUUGCCGUCCUGGGAAACAUCCUGGCCCUUCACCUGGCCUAUCAAAAGGACAAGAAGAUCAACUCGACAGGUGUCUUCCUGGUCCACCUGUCAGUGUCCGACCUCCUGUUCGCUCUGACCCUGCCUGGAAAGAUCACCUACUUCUUGCUGGACUUCAACUGGCCUUUCGGGGAGGGGCUCUGCAGGCUGACGGCCUUCAUCUUCUUUGUGAACACCUACUCAGGCAUCUACCUGAUGACGUGCGUGAGCGUGGACCGCUAUUUGGCCGUGGUCCGCGCCCACCAAUGUGUCCGGCUGCGUGAGCCCGGGCGGGCCCAGCUCAUCUGUGCGGCCGUGUGGAUCCUGGCGACGCUGCAGACGGCGCCCCUGCUCGGGUUCACCAUGACCAUGCGCGUGGCUGGCAGGCUGACAUGCAUGGAGUACGACAGCGUCCAGCGGGUGUUCACGCUGCCCGUCAUGGUCCUGGUGACCUCCGCUCUGAGCUUCUGCGGGCCGGUGGCCGUCAUCCUCUUCUGCUACGUGAAGAUCACCGUCAAGCUGUGCAGGACGGCCCGGGACAACCCGCUGACGAGCCAGAGGGGCCACCACCGCAGAGCCUGCCUGCUCACGCUGGUGGUGCUGGUGGCCGUGGUCGUGUGCUUCAUCCCCUACCACCUCCACGUCAUCCAGUUCAUGGUGACGAAGAUGCUCCGCCAGCCCACCUGCCCCGAGCAGAGGGUCUUCAAACUGUGCCUGCAGCUCACCGUCUGCCUCAUGAACUUGAACUGCAGCAUCGACCCCGUCGUUUACUUCUUCGCGUCCUCGCGUUACAGGAAAUGGCUCCGCCACUUUCUGAAACUCAAAGCAUCACCAUCCUCUACCUCCUCCCGGCAGGGAAAAGCUUCCUCAGAAACACAAAGUAUCAACCAGACAGGAGGCUCCUCGCCCUUGGAGGAGAAUGAAGUCUAAGAGGUGAUGGGCUUUCAUACUGCACCUGGGGGUCAGGGGGAGAGGACCCUAAGCUUGUACAAUUUGGGGAUUGGGUUCUUUAAGAAAAAGAAUACAAAACCAUAGAUGCGAAGUUAGGUACAAGGUCGUGGAAGGUGAGUGAGGAGCUCUGAAGCAAGCAUUCAUUAGCUUUGCCGUAAACCUACUUCUGGGGCUUCCCCGGUGGCUCAGCUGGUAAAGAAUCUGCCUGCACUGCGGGAGACCUGUGUUCAAUCCCUGGGUUGGGAAAAUC